AUGCUCUCGUCGCUUCUGCGGCCUUUGCCCCUGUUCGGACGGAGAUGGAAACCACUCAACUUCUCCAAUCCGAAUUUCGUUCGGAUACCUGAAUACCACAAAAUUGAAGAAGAGACCCUCCCAGGCUAUAUUGCUUCCCAGUAUUACCCUACUCGGAUAGGAGAAGUCAUCAAGGAGCGAUAUCAAGUCGUAGGCAAGUUGGGAUUUGGAUCCACUUCGACGGCGUGGCUUGCACGGGACAUGAACGGCCGUCGUUAUGUUAUGCUCAAGAUCUUCGUCCAGGCUUGGUCUAUGGGCCAGCAAGUGGAUGAUGAGCUCAAGAUGUACAGACCCAUGGAGCAAUCGCCCAAAGGCCAUCCCGGCCGUGACGCCGUCAGAACGUUACUUGAUACGUUCUACACCGAAGGACCUGAAGGCAAGCAUCGGUGCCUUGUGCAUCCCCCAUUAUGGGAGAGUGUUUUGACGUUCUUGCGCCGCAACCCGGUAGAGAGGUUGCCUUCACCGGUCAUAGCAUUCGUUCUCCAGCGCCUAUUUUUAGCGCUGGAUUAUCUGCAUACAGAGUGCCAGAUCAUACAUACAUACUGGUUUGUGGCUCGAUAUAUCCUCUCCUGUUGCUAUGACUUACUUACUCCUCUACCUGCCGAUAACAUCAUGCUUGGUAUCAACGAUGAUUCGGUCUUUAGCGACUUUGAGGAAAAAGAGCUUCAACGCCCGGUCCCGAGGAAGGAGGUAGACAUGAACGCGAGAACAGUCUACAUGUCCCGGGAUCUUAGAAUGCCUAACGAUUUAGGUGCCCCAGUGCUAUGUGAUUUUGGUUCGGCCGUGCUUGGCGACAAAUACCACUCGGAAUUCAUUCAACCUAAUAUCUACCGAGCACCGGAAGUGAUUCUAGGAGUUCCAUGGACGUACAGCGUCGAUAUAUGGAACGUGGAAUGCAUGAUUUGGGACAUCUACGAAGGCGGUUCCUUGUUCACCGGCCAAGACCCGGAAUUUCACAAUCAAGAUUUUGUUAUCUUGGUUCCUUUUGAGGAACGGGAAACUACUCUGGAGGGAGAAGAGGAAAGAGAGGCUUUUUUACGCCUAAUGCGAAAAAUGCUGCAGUGGGAGUUCGGCAAGCGUAGCUCCGCUAAGGAGCUAUCGGAGGACAAAUGGAUACACAAGCAUUUGUAA